AGCAUGAGUAGCACUUCUGAGCUCUGGGAAAGGUUCAUGUCAUUCCCCUGCUCUGAAACACCGCGCGUACAGGGCAUGUUUUCAUCUGAUCUGUCUCCUCAUUACUCAGUGCGACUCAGAGCCAUGUGUAAAGAGCUGAAGACCUCAGUGCUGCGCUUACUCCCGGCCGGCGCGAACACACCGCUGGCGCACAGCACACACACUCCAGAUGGAGCACAAAUCCUCCACGCUACACUAAAGGCUCUAAAAGAAGGCCAGGUCAUCGCUGUUCCCACUGACACCAUCUAUGGCCUGGCUUGCUUGGCUCAGAAUUCAGAAGCUAUCAAGAGGGUUUAUGAUAUCAAGGGCAGAAAUGGCAAUAAGCCUUUAGCCAUUUGUGUUGGAGAAAUACAAGAUAUAUACAAGUAUUGUAAAGUGACUGUAAAAGAAGAGCUUCUGAAAGAUCUUCUUCCUGGACCGGUCACUCUGGUUCUUGAAAGGUCCGAAACACUGAAUGCAGACCUCAAUCCAUUCACUAAGCUUGUCGGUGUCCGCAUCCCAGACCACCCCUUCAUGAGACACUUGUGUCAGAUGUGUGAUGAGCCGCUUGCUCUAACAAGUGCUAAUAUCACUACACAGUCCAGCACUCUAGCAGUUCACGAGUUUGAGGAGCUGUGGCCAAGACUAGCUGUUGUAGUGGACGGUGGCCCAAUAGCAGAUCAGAGUCGACUGGGCUCAACAGUUGUGGACCUCUCAGUGCCUGGCAGAUAUCGCAUCAUAAGACCUGGCUGUGCCUGUUCAGCCACAGUUGCUAUACUUGAGAAGAAAUAUGCAUUACUGGAGGAUUCUUCCAAUUAAUGAACGUUUAGCUCUCUACUGUUAUCCCGCUAAAGCGCACAAACCAGGACCUGUUUGACAGCCAUCUAGACUCUAAAUUAUUGGACAGAGAAGAAAGGACAAAGUAGCUACAGACGUGUCUGGAAAUUAGAAUAGUCUCCUCCAUGUGAAUCUUUGUCUUAAUCUUUCUAUUGUCUGACUUUAGGGUUUUCAUAAAAGACUCUUUUUUUCCAUACCCCUUUUACUAUAUAAUCAACCUUUGCAUCACAGUGCAAACUUUACUUCAGUGGUUAGUUAUAAUAUGUACCAGAGCAUGAAGUGUAAGGCUUUUUACUUUCUUAAUGCACAAGGAUGGUGUUUUGGGUCUCAAAACAUUUGUUAGCUUAGAAUAUUGGGAUUAUGCUCUCAGACAUCAAAUAUAGGUCGAUUGAGCACUCAUUUAUAGACUUUACUGUAAAGUGCUUACUUUGAAAUCAGGAAACGUUUUGCUUAUGAUGUUCUUUUACUUUUGACCUGUUUGAACUUUUAUUUAUUGUUAUUUUCAAUAGUUACUCUAUGGAUUUAUAUCUUGGAAAUACAAAUUUCUAGUUUAUAUACAGCUGAUGGUGCAGUUAACAUUGUACUAGGUUGCACUGAGGACCAAAGAUGAUUCAGUAAUGCUGAGCAUAAUAUUGAAAAUUAUCUUCGGUGCCAUGUCACUCAGAACAAUGUAUAUUAAAAUGAAUACAAUUUAACUCAUAUUUUAUUCAAA